AUGGGGCGCUACGAUGGCUCCCACGACGAGCUGCACAUGGCCGCCGGUUCGCAAAUGUCGGCUGCUCCCCUCCGCGACUAUCAUCCCCAGACCCGAUUCGACCACGCACCGCCAGCACUGUCUGCGCCGCUCCCGCGUCUCUCUGCGAGUGCCACUGCCAGCGCCGGCGCCAGCGCCAGCGCCGCCAUCUCGGCCGUCCCCAACAUCCUCCAGCCUGGUGGCAUGGCAUCGCGGCCGCACCCAAUGUCUUCCAACACCACCCCCCAGCUGCCCGGCAUGCAUGCCCUUCAGCAAUCCUCUCAGGUCCAGCAGCAGUCCCCGAUGCAGGACUACUCGCCUGCCGGCAAGCCGCCGCUGAGCCUCUCCCACAGCUACUCGCGCUCCAGCCCCGCAGCCGGCUACGACGCGGCUUCCUCGACCUCGUACCAUGCCUACACGCCCACCACGCCUGGCGGCUCCGCGUCGCAGUUUGCCUCGACCCCCGAUGCCGCCAAAUACGGUCCUCCUGGCUCCCAGCGCAACAUUGCAAACACCCCAUUGGGCCUGGCCGACAUUCGUCCCCGCGCCGACUCGAGCAUGUCUGAUGGCUCUCCCAGCGGCAUGGGCUACGAGGUCGCAAACGCCCAACCUGGACCCAGCAACUAUCUCGCACCCUGGGCCGUCUAUGCCUUUGAUUGGUGCAAGUGGAGGCCCCAGGCCAACAGUGCCGGCAAGAUUGCCAUCGGCAGCUAUCUCGAAGAUGGACACAACUUUAUUCAAAUUCUAGACUCGCACGUUGUCCCUACGCCUCAAGACGUCUACACCCCCGGCUCUUCCAAGUACAGUCUCGAAUUCACAAAGCUGGCCGAAGCUACACACUCGUACCCUGUCACCCGUCUCCUCUGGGAGCCGCCAUCCUCACAGAAGCAGUCGACGGAUCUUUUGGCCACUUCGGGCGACCAUCUUCGCCUUUGGUCGCUGCCUUCUGACGUGCCAUCAAACCCAGGAAACAACAUUACUCGCAGUGGCCCCCGAGAUCCCGCCGCCGCCAAACUAACACCUCUUGCGCUCCUGUCAAACUCCAAGACGCCUGACCACACUGCUCCUCUGACAUCUCUCGACUGGAAUACCGUGUCUCCCAGUCUCAUCAUCACCUCGAGCAUCGACACCACCUGCACAAUUUGGGAUAUUCCCUCAUUGACUGCCAAGACGCAGCUGAUUGCGCAUGACAAGGAAGUCUACGAUGUGAGAUUCUGCGCUAACAGCGUCGACGUAUUUGUCAGCUGUGGCCAGGACGGCAGCGUACGCAUGUUUGACCUCCGCAGCCUCGAGCACUCUACCAUUAUAUACGAACCGACCUCGAAGGAGGACCGACUCGAUGGCUCGGGACGCAACAGUCCUACACAAGCCCAGCAAACCAUGGCUAACCCUCCCCCUCUGCUGCGUCUGGCUACUUCCCCACAUGAUACCCAUCUCCUGGCAACUUUUGCGCAGGACUCCAACGUCAUUCGCGUUCUCGACGUACGGCAGCCCGGCCAGGCUCUUCUCGAGCUUCACGGCCAUACCGGAUCAAUUAACUGUCUGGAGUGGUCGCCUCUCCGACGUGGUACUUUGGCCUCUGGCGGCGAUGACUGCCAAGUCCUGAUAUGGGACCUUAUCAACUCAGGCUCUUCAAUGAUUCCCGCCAAUGGGUCGCAGGAGAACACACGAAGCCCCGUUGCUAGCUGGGAAUGCGAUUAUGAAGUAGGCAACUUGGGCUGGACACCACACCUUCAGGGCCAGGACUACGGCGAAUGGUUGGGCGUGAGUGCGGGAAGAGGCAUUUGGGGAGCACGCCUCAAUUGA